AUGUCCGCCGCAAACAGAGGUCCCAGCAAUCCAAGUAGGCGCAAGCGUGCCAGAGACGAUGAAGACGAGAUCAUGUCAUCUUCCCCCGCUCCAGCACUCCCCUCGUCACCCCCUUUAAUACCUACCAACGAGAAUGACGACUUGGAGGACGAAUUAAAUGCCGAAGAUGAUCUCAUUGGAGAUAUCGAUGAUGUCGACGAGAUGGCAGAAGAUGAGGAUGGUAUUGACCUCUUCGGAGACAACUUUAUGAAUGAUGAGCGCGAACGUCGCGACCAAGACACAUAUCAAGGACGCAUGAUCGACGAUGAAGGUGAUUAUGAAGAACUCGAUGCUGCGGCACGCCGUCAGCUAGACGCACGGCUCAAUAAACGAGAUCGUGAGCUCGCUGCUCGUCGACGUAUGCCAGCAGCAUUCAUGCCAGAUGAUGAUGAGGAUGCUGGUAUUGACUUGACCAAGCAACCCCGAAGACGCCGGCAUCACUACGAUGACGAGGAGGAUAUGGAUGUGGACGAGAACAUAAUGGAAGAGGAAUUAUCUCUCGAAACUCUACAAGAUGUCAAAGCAACCAACAUCACAGAAUGGGUGACCAAUCCGCCAGUCGUGAAGUCAAUCGCUCGAGAGUUCAAGUCGUUCUUGACAGAGUACAUCGAUGCCAACGGUACUUCAGUUUACGGUACCAGAAUUAGAACCCUCGGUGAGGUGAAUUCAGAGUCUCUGGAAGUGUCCUACGAUCACCUAUCUUCAACCAAGGCGAUUCUCGCAUAUUUUUUGGCUAAUGCACCUGCCGAGAUGCUCAAGAUCUUCGACAAGGCUGCCUUCGAGGUCGUUCGCCUCCAUUAUCCAAACUAUGAACUGAUUCAUCCAGAAAUUCAUGUUCGAAUUUCUGAUUUACCAGUCCAAUACACUCUGCGCCAGCUUCGACAAUCACAUCUCAAUUGCCUAGUUCGUGUUUCAGGUGUGGUCACGAGAAGAACGGGAGUGUUUCCACAAUUGCAGAUGGUCAAGUUCACCUGCAAUAAGUGCGGCGUCCUUCUCGGUCCAUACGCUCAAGAAUCAACAUCUACAGAGGUCAAAUUGACCUUCUGUCAGAAUUGUCAAUCACGAGGACCAUUCACGCUCAGUAGCGAGAACACGGUGUACCGCAACUACCAGAAAUUGACACUCCAAGAGUCUCCAGGCACUGUGCCGGCUGGUCGUUUGCCUCGACAUCGGGAAGUUGUCCUGCUGGCUGAUUUGAUCGACAAAGCCAAACCGGGAGAAGAAAUUGAGGUCACCGCUAUUUAUCGCAACAACUAUAGUGGUCAGCUCAAUAACAAGAACGGUUUCCCUGUCUUUGCGACGAUGCUCGAAGCUAACCAUAUUAUCAAGACACACGAUCAAUUGGCAGGCUUCAGACUCACAGAAGAUGACGAGAGGCAGAUCAGAGCACUCUCCAAGGAUCCAAAGAUUGUGGAUAAGAUUAUUAAGUCGAUCGCCCCCUCGAUCUAUGGUCACGAGGACAUCAAGACUGCGGUGGCUCUCUCACUUUUUGGCGGUGUUGGCAAGGAAGCGCAAGGCAGGCACAAAAUCCGUGGUGAUAUCAAUGUACUUCUUUUGGGAGAUCCUGGAACGGCCAAGUCGCAGGUCUUGAAAUAUAUUGAGAAGACAGCUCAUCGGGCAGUCUUUGCCACUGGGCAGGGUGCAUCAGCUGUUGGUUUGACAGCUUCUGUUCGACGUGAUCCUCUCACUGCGGAGUGGACUCUCGAGGGUGGCGCGCUGGUGCUUGCAGAUCGGGGAACAUGUCUCAUUGACGAGUUUGACAAAAUGAACGACCAAGAUCGAACAUCUAUCCACGAAGCCAUGGAACAGCAGACGAUUUCCAUCAGUAAAGCCGGUAUCGUUACAACACUUCAAGCCAGAUGUGCUAUUGUUGCAGCAGCCAAUCCACAAGGAGGACGAUACAACAGUAAUGUCCCCUUUAGUCAAAACGUUGAAUUGACAGAACCCAUCUUGUCACGAUUCGAUAUUUUGGUUGUCGUCAGAGAUACCGUCGAUCCCAGCGAGGAUGAAAGACUUGCAAAUUUCGUGGUCAACAGUCAUGGGCGAGCACAUCCGUCCAAAAUUGGCGUUGACGCAGGAGGCUCCGCACCGAUGGAGACAGAAGACACCAACGCUAUCAAUAAUGGUGAACCUGGACAGGAAGGUGCCAUUUCCCAAGAGCUAUUACGAAAGUAUAUUUUGUACGCUCGAGAGAAGUGCAAGCCGAAACUAUACCAGAUUGAUCAGGACAAAGUUGCCAGAUUGUUUGCGGACAUGCGCAGAGAAUCCCUAGCAACAGGUGCCUAUCCCAUUACGGUUCGACAUCUCGAGGCUAUCAUGAGAAUUGCUGAAGCCUUCUGCAAAAUGCGGCUAUCAGAUUUCUGCACUUCUCAGGACAUUGAUCGUGCCAUUGCUGUGACGGUGGACUCAUUUGUCGGAAGCCAGAAACUCAGCUGCAAGAAGGCGCUUGCAAGAACGUUUGCUAACGGCCGGACCGUCAGAAAACUCGAGCAGCCGGAAGAGGAGUAG